CCCGGCUCGGCUCGGCUCGGCUCGGCAGCAUCGCGGCGGGACUGCCCGGGGAUGCAGCCGCGCUAAGAACAAAAGCCCUCUCCGCGGUCACGCUCCGGGCUCUCAGAGCGCGCCGGGGAAGCGGCCCGGCCGGGUUGGGGUCUCUGCCCCCCGGCCCGCUGCGCUCCGCCCGGGCUGAGCUCCCCGGCGCCUUCCCCGCCCGCCGGCGGCAGCUCCCGGGAGCCGGGCUCCCCCUCGGCCAGCCGUCCCGCCGGGCUGCCCGGGGACGGGGCCGUGCCCCCGGCCCCCGCCGCCUCCUCGCCGCGGGACCUUGGCUUUGCCCUUCGCACGGCAGGUGGCGGGGCCAGCGCAGAAGGAUGCGUUUCUUCCCGUGGGGAUUUUGGCUGCUGUGUGUCGCCUCCGCCCCGGCUCGCGGUGACAGCGGCAGCAAGGCGAGGAGCUGUGCCGAGGUCCGGCAGCUGUAUGGGGCCAAGGGCUUCAGCCUCAGCGGCGUGCCCCAGGCCGAGAUCUCCGGGGAGCACCUACGAAUCUGCCCACAGGGCUAUACCUGCUGCACCAGCGAGAUGGAGGAGAACUUUGCAAACAAAAGCCGAAGUGAAUUUGAAGCCAUGAUGAAAGAGGCCGGUCGCUCUGUGCAGACGAUCCUAACGGCACAGUACAGAAGCUUUGACAGUUAUUUCCAGGAUUUGUUGAACAAGUCAGAAAAAGCCCUUUAUGAUGCUUUCCCAAGCCUGUACGGAGAAUUGUACACUCAAAACGUGAAGGUCUUCAAGGACUUGUACAGUGAGCUACGCCGCUAUUACCGGGGCUCCAACAUCAACUUGGAAGAGGCCCUCAAUGAGUUCUGGACACGCUUGUUGGAGCGGCUCUUCAAGCUGAUGAACCCCCAGUACCAUAUCACGGAUGAGUAUCUAGACUGCAUGGUGAAACAUGCAGAGCAGCACAAACCCUUUGGGGAAGUUCCCAGGGACCUGAAGGUGAAGGCAACCCGAGCCUUCAUCGCAGCACGUUCCUACGCGCAGGGCUUUCUUGUGGGCAGCGACGUGGUCAAAAAGGUCUCUCAGGUAUCCCUCAGCCACGAGUGCACCCGCGCCAUCAUGAAGCUGAUGUACUGCCCACACUGCCGGGGCAUGUCCAGCGUGAAGCCGUGCAACAACUACUGUCUGAAUGUCGUGAAGGGCUGCCUGGCCAACCAGGCGGACCUGAACACCGAGUGGAAGUACCUGAUGGAUUCCUUGGUCAUAGUGGCUGAUCGGAUUGAUGGACCAUACAACGUAGACACAGUAAUAGGGACUAUUCACAUGAGGAUCUCUGAAGCUAUUUCCAACUUGCAAGAAAACAAAGAUUCAAUCACAGCCAAGGUUUUCCAAGGCUGUGGAAAUCCCAAAAUCAGCACGAAAGGCUCCAGCAAUGAGGACAAGAAAAGGCGGGGGAAGGUCACAUUAGAAGCAAAAUCCUCUGCAGUAGCACUGGAGAUGCUGGUUUUAGAUGCCAAAGGGAAUCUGACAGCUCUGAAGUCGUACUGGGUCACCCUGCCCAGUGUCCUGUGCAGCAAAAAAGUAAUGGCCAGCUCAGCGGCAGAUGACAAGUGUUGGAAUGGGAUGACCAAGGGCAGUUACUUGCCUGAAGUGAUGGGGGAUGGCUUAGCUAAUCAGAUUAACAACCCGGAGGUGGAGGUGGACAUCACCAAGCCAGACAUGACCAUUCGCCAGCAAAUCAUGCAGCUAAAGAUCAUGACAAACCGUCUGGGCAACGCUAACAUCGGGAAUGACGUGGAUUUCCAAGACGCGAGUGAUGACAUGAGCGGCUCUGGCAGUGGUGACAGCUGUCCUGAUGACGUCUGUGGCAAAAGACUUUCUAAGAGCCCCAGCACCAGGCAGCCAGAAACGCACGCUAUUCCUAAGCAGUCUGGACACGGCAUCAGUGGGGCCAGCAGCAGAUCUUUGCCUUCUGCCUUCCUCCUCUUCCUUUCAGUGGCUUUCAUCGCUGUGCAGCACUUGUGGCGGUAACUCACUAGCACAGCUAGGAAAAAGACUGCGUCUGAGGGCUUCACUUUGCCAAAACCAAACAACCAACAAAAGGACAUAAUUAAUUCACCUUGGCAAAAAAAAAAAAAAAGAAAAAGAAAAAAAAAAGAGGGAGGAGAAAAAGGUUUCAGUUGUUUGCUAUUUCUGGCAGUGCUCGAGCUAUUUUCUUCUUUCUUGGUCUCUUCCCCAAUGCUGGGCCCUUCUUUCCAUACCUCAUUGUUUUAAUUUUGUUAUUGCCACAGACUGGCUCUUGGGGCUGAAACAAGCCUUUGCAGAGGGGGCUCUUGGGGAAACCCAGCCGGCCCCUCAGAGGGCAGCUCUUUUGCUGCCCGCAGUGGAAUAUGCAAUUUCCCUGAUCUUGUUACCCAGCCGUUGGCCAGAGCACUGCUUAACAUACUGCUGCCUAAAGAACACCGGGGGCUGAGAAUAUCACCGCUUCGUAACGCGGAGAGUCUGAGGUCACAGCACUGCUCAAGUGCUGCAUUCAGGGACUGUUUCGCGGUUUCCUUCUGUACUUCUUCAACAGGCAGAGUUGACCCUUCACUUCCAUCUGUGUACGCAGGAGUGUGAGCAGAUGCGGUGGGUUGAACUGAAACAGUUUGGCAGUGGCUGUUGGACCCAAAAACGUAGAUCUCCCUUUUACUUUGGAAAGGUCACAAAUGGGUUUCUUGACUAGAGCUCAUAGCUGACGGCAUUUUUAAAUGCCUACAUCUAAGUAAGUGACUGGGAAUGAGUGUUAGGGGUUGGGGUUUGGGGUAUUUUUUCUUUGCAUGCUAGUCGGAAAGCCAUUUUUUUACCCAAGUAAUAAUGGUCCAAUUUCUACUUGCAGUGCAGUACCGUAGUAGGUAACAGAGAAAUGAAAAAAAUGCACAGUAGGAUUCUUUACUAGACAGACAGUUGUGCUGCCUCUUCCUCCUCUGGCCCCAGCCAUGGAUAUGAAUGCCCUUUUUUUUUUUUUUUGUGGUAGUAAGAAAGACCAGGGACUUUGUACUAACUAGAGCGCUGUGACUGGUUGUGAUAGCUCACGCCAGGCGCUUGAGGGAGUGACCCCAAACCUUAGGGCAGAGCAGAGCUUGUGGCAAUUAGCCAAUGGCAGUGUCUCUACCCAGAAGAAUGACUCACAGGUAGCACCUACUGAGAAAACGGGACACUUUGUUGGAGAUAUUUUUUCUUUUGGUGUUUGUUCUUGUUGCAUUGUAGGGUUUUAAGUGAAGUCCUGCUUUCCCUAUCCCUUCCCCACCCUCCCACACACUUGUCCUACCUGCUGCAGGGACUGCACAAGAGGGCAGGUCAGAUGCGUGCCUGUGGCUCUGUUACAGCUCAGGGAAGCACCAGGUCACCCUGCUGCUGCCCCGUCCCAGCAGCCUCUGGGUCAUCCAGCACCAGGGUGCUCCAGGAGAGAUAUAAAUAUCCUCACGUGUCUGUAGGAUUGUCUCUGUUGUAGGGCUGUGUCCUUUGGGGUGUCCAGAAGGCUUGUUUAACUCAAGGGUACAGCAGGCAUCUGCUAGAGAUGUUGGUUUAGCAGAUGCCAUGGUUACAACACAGGCAUCGUGUCUGGAUGGGCUUCGUCCUUAUGGGGUUGGUUUUGUUUCAGAUAUAUUUGUUCUGUAAGAGGGAGGGAGGGCAGAGGUGUAUCUCUCAUCUUCUGCGUUACUGGUCUGUGCAGCAAAUGUUUCUACUCUGUCCUGCCAGAGGAGAUGUGUCUUUGGGCUGAGCAAACUUUAUGGGGUUGGAGUUUAGCUGUUUUCUAAAAAAGGUUAAAAAAAAAAACAAAACACAGUUUUUAACAUUAGCAGUUUCUAGAACAUGCAAUUUAAGAGAAGGUGAGACCAUGAGCAAGGUAAUGCCGAAAGCUGGUGCAGAUGGACACAGAGGGGCGCUUCUCUGCAUGGAGCCCCCCCUGGCAGAGGGAGCCAGCAGGGGCUCCUGCCCCGCCUCGUCCUCGGCCCACGCAACGCAGCUGCGGGUUCCUCAAACUGGGCAGAGACAUUGGCCAGCACUGACUGGUGGCUACACUGAGUCACAGUGACGGAUGGUGCUGUGCCCGUCCUGCCUUGUACUCCACUUCUUGUAAGGUUGAAACUGAUUUAAUCUGGUAGGGCUUCAGAAAUGAAAGGCAGGGUGCUGCUUGUUGGCUAAAGGACAAUGCUACUAGAUCCUUCCAAAUACAGGAGCAGAUAACUAAAAGUCAUAGAUUUAUACAGAUUUACUUCUGGAAAUGUAGCAAGUUCCACAUUACUUUUACUGGUCCAAAGAGUUUGUCUUUUUUUUUCUUUUUUUUUUUUUUCUACCCAGUGGUAAAACCAAUCCUGCAGAAACUUUAGAUGCAAAAGCAAAAGGGGGAGGAGGGCAUUAAAACACUUUAUCCUCUUCAAAAAACAGUUGGGUUGGAAUGUUAAAAAAUGGCUACUGAGGUCAAGGUUCUGCUUUGCAUAACAGGAAAGUCCUUGUUGUUUCCAUUUCCAUGCAGUUAAAGUUUGUUGUCAGCCUCUUACACUACAAAGCUUCUUACAGGCACCGAGGAGCACACCUUAAAUGUAAAGCAAAGAAUUUACUGAUUGUCCUUUUAAUAUUUUAACAAUGUAAUAGCCCAAAUCAUUGGUCUUGUUCCACUAAUAAAACCUGAUGGUCCAAAGUAAUACAGAAAAGCCUGAAGAAUACAGUAAAAAACGUUAUGCAGAAGAAACCCUUCCUAAUGUCUUCCCCUGUUUGCUGGUAUUAGGCUUACACCUCAGUGGCCCUCCGGGACCUCAGGUCAAAUGCAUCAGUCUUCCUUGAGCAGAACUGGGGGUUACAGUGAGCACCUGCACCCUGAGCUCUGCGCCAGGAGGGUGAGAAGCAGUGCCGGGGGCUCUCGCCCCUUGUUGCCAGGAGGUGCAUGAUGUUGACAUUGACACUUCCUUGCUCCUUGCUCCCAGGUCUGCUCGCGUUAUUUCGUAUACCUUUUCGCACAGUCUGCUUACACUGCUCCUUUUUGUUGGUUCCCCAUUACUCACUUUCUCUGCUCUUUUCAUUGUCGCGGAGUGGUUUCCCCAGCCACUGCAAUGACCAGUGGGGCUGGUAGCCAGGGCACAGCCCCACCACUGCAGCCUGGGGCUGCGCUCAGUGCUGGAGCCAGAAGGGCUGAGUGCACCCAGAGCAUUGACUCGGUAUGGCUCUGAACCCAGGCUGUGGCUACCUGACUGCUAGACAGCUGCUGGCACAGCUCAAGGGAAAAUCAGCCCAGGUCCAACAAGCCCCAAGACCUGCACUCAGGCAAGUGCAGAGCCUGUGGCCUUUUAAGUACCUACAAGCGACGUUUCCUGGGCUCCUUCCCAUUCAAAAACAUUGUGACAAACGUCCCUAGUCCUGUGGGAAUCACUCAGGGGCUCCAGCUUUGGAUUUGUUGUGUUACUGGGGAGCUCUGGGGAGCAGGGGUGGCUGGGGAAGAAACAUUUGCUUCAAUGUUAGCAGGUUGGUGACUCAUGAUGGUUUGGUUUGAAAAGGCCUUCUGCUUCACAGGAGUGCAGAGGAGGUUGGUGGUCUAGAAAAGAAUGUUAACAAAGGCUCCUGUCCAUGGAAAAGGAAGAACCAGAAAUAGUGGAUUUCCAAGUGUCUCUGUCUUUCAGCCUGCUCUUUUGUGCCAUAAUGUGUAUGUUUUAACUAAGGGUGAGGGUCUCAAAAGGCUUUGAGAGUGCAGCUACUUAUCAUUUACAAAUGACAAACUGCCUGUUGUUUUCUGGUGGGCUUGGUAGGGGCUAAAUUAUAGCAAAAUAUCUAAAGUCCACCUUUGCUUUAAACAGAUGCAUUUUUAUCUGCAGGAGUAAGAAUUAUUUCACUUAUUGGCAUAGCUGGACAGUUAUCUAUUUCUUUCUGUUACCAAGGUACUUGUAACUCUCUUGCACUGUUUAUCUAAAGUUAAAAUAUGUUCUUUGAAUCCUUGUAUAAAUAAAAAGGCUGGAGACUUAAAUCUGU